CGUAUAGACAACUUUAGCGGAUAACGCAUCUAAAGACUACAUUUUUCGUAUGUGUUUAACAACGCUUAUGUAAAUUAAGAUCCAACCAAAUUAUGAUAAGGGAGACUUGCACACAACUCCCUAAGUAUUUUCUCCCAAUCACAUACAGCUAAGGAAUCUUUGAACAUAAUACAGAACCAAAGUUUGAUGUUGGAUAUUUGGUAAUGAGAAGUUUGAUGUUGAGCCAAAGAAAAAAAAAAAAUACAGAACCAAAGUUCACACCUAAGAAUUUCACAUGGCGUAUCAAUCUAGAACAAAUUCUUGUAAAUAUUCUCUAAGUAUUUGCAGUUAACACUUUUAUCACCCAAUUAUCUAGUAUGCAAUUUAAACCUUAUUUGUAUAUUGAAUUCUAUUGACUUUUACAGCAACAAACCUUGAAAAAGUCCAGAUAAACAACUAAAAUAGUAUGGAUUGCCAUUUUUCUUUAAGUAUUUUGCAUUUGCCCGAGAAUUUGAUAAGUGAGACUUGGACCCACGCAAAAGGUCUCCGGUUCGAUCGUUGGCAGCACCAUUAUUAUGUCCUUUUUUUUUCCUUUACAGACCUAAAACAGCUCGUUCCUGCGUCAGACACACACUGCUCUACCUCUCUUUCUCUCUCUCCAUCGUCAAAUUCAAAUUCUAAACCCAUUUUUCACAAACCCCCCCAUGUCUUUAAACCCAUUUUAGUGCGUAUAGAAAGAAAGUAUCGAUCUUUGUGCCUUUUGUUUGUGUCUUGAAAUCGAAAAACUGAGUCUUUUGUGGGUGAGAGUUUAUACAUUCAGAUUUACAAACUCGUUGUCUCAGUCCCGUAUAUAUAUGCUUUUCCUACUAUCUUUUUGAUGCAUUCUGAUCUCCUUCGUUGAAGAGUCUUACUUGAUUUUACUCUCUAGCAUUAUUUGUUAAAUGUAUUUUUUUUCUUUCAGAUAUUGAAAGUGGGAAGUUGUAGCUUCUGAAAAAUGGAACAAGGAUCAUGUUCUCAAGAAGAUUGCUUCGACUUGUUGGCUCAGUUCGAGCAUGUUCUUCAAUCUGACCCUCUCAUUUCAUAAUGCUGGAUAAAGAAGCAGGAUCCUCCAGUGACGGAACCUCAACAAGUUUCUGGAAUCAAGAUCAUAAACUUGGAAUAUCAACCGAUAUACUUAUUCAAUUAUGUAAAGUUGCAAAACAUGCUUUCCUGGCUGCAUUUAAGGAGUACAAACGCCAUGAAAACGCAUGUGCUGAGUCCCUUACCAACAACAUCUCAUCAGGGGUCUCUUGUCCUACCCUUGAGAGCAAAGUCAUGAAGCAUAGCCAAGCUGCUUUGCUGUUAAGCUCAGAUUUUGGAACUGCAUGGAAUGCCAGGAAGUUGAUCUUGUCGAAACAAAAGCUACCCUUGGAGGCAUUCACGGAAGAACUUCGUCUUUCUAGGCUCAUUCUUUCAAACUCUCCAAAGAGCGAGCCAACAUGGAGCCAUAGAAGGUGGAUAAUUAAGAUGAUUUCUCGGAGUUCUUCCACGCAACAAGAGAUUAUCAACAAAGAGUCUGAGCUAGUGGAAUCAAUAGGCGAGAGAUCAAAGAUGAACUAUCGUGCAUGGUAUCACCGUUGCUGGUUGGUUUCGGUUUCCUACAUGACAAUCGAGCAGGUGAUACAAGAGUUGAAGAAAUCUAAAAGAUGGGCAGGGCUGCAUGUAGCUGAUAGUUCUUGCUUCCAUUAUCGCAGACGGCUGAUGCUCAGGGUUUUGGAGGCACUUAAGGUGAAAGGAAGCAAUGCUAAUGAUAAAACUGAGGCACAUAAAAUCUUGAUGGAAGAGCUUGAUUGGAACAAAGAGUUGUUAAAACUUUACUUGGGACGAGAGGCACUAUGGCUUCACAGGAGGUUUCUCUCUCUUAAUUGGAUAAUGUAUUUCUGCCGCAAUCAGUUAUCUGAAACCGGAGAGAGUAUCUUCACGAAUGAAGAAACUGGCAUCUUCAUUGGUAAUGAGAUCCAUCUUCUAGAAUCUUCUAUGACCGUUCCUGAUAACAAGUUUGAAGAUUUCCAAGCUCAAGCGCUGCAUGCUUCUGUCUACAUGCUUUGGCUAACAAAGCAUAUUCCAGAAUUGUGGAGAAUGCUUGAAGAGAAGCUUGGAACAGAGAAACUCAAAUGUGUACUGAACACACUUGAUCAAGAGAGACCCUCCUUGCUUUUGCACCAGAUAGAUAUUUUUUGCAGCUAAACAAUAACAACGAUUUAAUGACUGAUGUUGUUGUGAUACUGUGAGGGACUCUCAAUAUAGUACAUUUCAUAUUGAUUUAUUUACUGGAAUUAAAAGUUUUCCUUUGUUUUACAGCGAAAAAAAGUAUGUUUGAUAACUUUGAUGUCCACAUAAACAUAAAACAUGUGUUUGUUGCAAGUGGUCACCAUGCAACAGUGCUCUAUUGCCCCAGCGGUCAGCGCGCGCACACACCGACUCUGAUAGUUACCCCAUCUGAAAUCCAUAAGAACUAAAAGUGGUGGUUAUUACUACGAAGGCCUUUCUUACCAAGCACCUUUCAUCAUUCUUGAUCUCAUCAAUCUCUGAUAGAUCGAGAUCAACUACAGGGGGGAAGAAACAGGUUUGGUUGUGCGAUGAUCGCCUGAGCUUUACUACAAAAUUGCUAAAUCAAGCAAGAUCUAUGGCUUCCCUGAAGGAACCUGCCCGAGUGUUGGAGUCGGAGUUCAUUUUAGUGAAGGAGGGUUUGGUGUAAUGAUGGGGAAACACGGUUUAGCUCCAUAUAACGUUUUCGACGCGCGUUUUGUAGACGCAAACGGAAGAAUCUACAAGCGGUAGCCGGUAGGAGAGAAAUGGGAGAACGUUUGUUCUGAGGGAUUAGAGGAGGGGGAGCAGCUAGCUUUGGUGUUUUACUUUGAUGGAAAGUGAAGUUAGUUAGGGUUCCAGAGAAGUUUACUUGCUACUAGAGUUGUCAAAUGGUCGGGCCGUCCAUGGGCUUGACCAGUCCAAACUGUGAUGGGCGGUUCAUGGGCUUGACCAAAUAACAAAUGGUCCAAUUGGGCGUAAAACCGUUUUCACCCGUGGACAAUUUGGUCCUGUCCGAAUGGGCUCUGGGCGGCCCAAACCAUUAAAAAAUUAGGGUUUUUUAGUUGUCAAGUGUUGGUUGAGAGCUCAUGAAGAUUCAGAGGAUCGAGUUAUCUGUCAAAUGGUGAAAGCCAUGAAGGAGAAGUUCAACAAAUAUUGGGAAGAGUUCAGUGACAUAUUAGCAAUUGCGGCAGUACUUGAUCCUCGACUGAAGCUUGCGUUUUUAGAGUAUUGUUACAAUAUUCUAGAUCCUGACACUGCCAAAUUGAACGUGGAGUAUAUUCGUGAGAAGAUGGUCAAGCUUUACGGAGCAUAUAAGAAAGACACAAGCAUCACUAGAGCAUCUACUUCACAUGCUCCUCGACACAGCAUCCCUUCAGGAUAUGAUGUAAGUUUAUCUCUUUAUGAUUCUUGUUUUAGUGCUUACUGUUGUUGAGCAGCUCAACUUGAGCUGAUGUUUUAGCCUUUUAGACACGUUCCUUUUAAACAGUUUCAGACUCUGAUCAUUUCUUUGUUGUUGUUUACAGGGCUUUUAUGCUUACUGCUCUCAAAAGACGGGUGGUAGUGGGAAAUCAGCAUUAGACACAUACUUGAGCGAGCCAGUGGUUGAUAUUGACAGCUUUAGAAGUUUGGAUGCUGUGUCAUACUGGAAGGACAAUGCAAGCCGCUUCAAAGAGUUGUCUUCAAUGGCUUGCGAUGUGCUCAGUAUCCCUAUCACAACAGUGGCGUCGGAAUCAUCCUUUAGCAUCGGUAGCCGAGUCCUCAACAAGUAUAGAAGCUGUCUACUACCCACAAAUGUUCAAGCUUUGAUCUGCGCGAGGAACUGGUUCCGUGGCUUUCAAGAAAUUGGUGAUGAGAUUGAGUUUACUUCUUAGAAAGAGAAAAGAGGUAUGAUUAUGUUUGCUCUCCCAUCUUUAAGUUUGGAUUGUUUCCUAUUUAGCUGAAUCAAACUGAGUGCUAAAUACUUUGAAACUGAGUGAUAACUCUCAUAGCACUGUUUUUUGAUGAUUUGCUUUAGAACUGAUAGUUUCUUUGAUGAUGUAUUUGCUUUAAGUCAACUGAUCACGAAUGAUAGUUUAGACACAUUAGUUUCUUGUACAUCCGUAAUACUAGGUUAGGUUCUGAUGAAAUGGAAGCAGUUUGUUUGUUGUACUUGUUGAUGUUGUUCUCGGUUCUUGUUUAUGAAACUGAUAAAAGUAACUUUCUUGUGUGAGUAAGAUCUGAUUUGUUUCUUCAUUCACUGUGAGCAGUUGAUUCUCUUCACCUUUCCUUCAGAGACCAUAAACCAAGAGCUACUUUAGAAGAACGGUUCCAAUGACGAUCAAGAAACACUAAGUCAACACAUUAUGUUUGAGACUUUGUUAUCUUUUGAGACUUUAUUAUAUUUGAUACUGUGAGUUUGAGACUUUGUUAAUUGUUAUGUUUGAGUUACAGACUUUGUUAUGUUUGAAACAUUAAGCACAAAUAAAUUUGAAACA